CCAAUUAAGAGACCUCAAGAUUCUUUCACAAAAUCCAAGUCCUAUUCACAACCCAAUACUAUAAACAGUUGAAAAUAUUUUUGGAAAAGUGGGUUUUCCUUCUGGAGUUCUCGUGAUUCCUUUUACUCCUGUCUUCUCCUUUUUUCUUCCAAAUAUAGGUAUAUACCCAUAUAGCCUAUAUAACAUAGCCACAACAAUUAUUUUGAUAAUUUGGGGAGGCUAAAAAAUAAAUCUUUCUAAUACCCUUUUGAAAUCUUGGCAAAAAUUUGCAAGUUAUAUUUUUCUCGCAAUCCUGCAUUGAUUACGUUUCUUUUGAGCCAGAGAGUCUAUCAGAAACAGCCUCUCUACCCCCCCACAAAGGUAGAGGUACGGUUUGCGUACAUACCGCCCUCCUCGGACCCCACUGAUGGAUACGCAGAACACGGAACAUGGACAUGUAAUUGAGGUACGUGGUGACAUGGCAGCUCAAGAAAAGGGGACUAAAAUCUGUGGUUCAGCACCGUGUGGAUUCUCAGAUGUUAACAGCAUGUCUAAGGAUGCACAGGAGAGAUCAGCAUCCAUGAGGAAACUUUGCAUUGCAGUUGUCCUCUGCAUCAUUUUCAUGGCUGUCGAGGUUGUCGGAGGUAUUAAAGCCAACAGCCUUGCAAUUCUGACGGAUGCCGCUCAUCUACUGUCGGAUGUUGCAGCUUUUGCGAUAUCCUUGUUUUCACUCUGGGCAUCAGGAUGGGAAGCUAAUCCACGCCAGUCGUACGGGUUUUUCAGAAUCGAGAUACUCGGAGCAUUAGUUUCUAUCCAAAUGAUUUGGCUUCUUGCUGGGAUCCUUGUUUAUGAAGCCAUUGCUCGACUUAUACAUGAUACAGGUGAAGUUCACGGGUUCCUCAUGUUUGUGGUAUCCGCGUUUGGGUUAGUAGUGAACCUCCUCAUGGCACUCUUAUUAGGUCAUGAUCAUGGCCACCAUGGUCAUGACCAUGGCCAUGGCCAUGACCACAACCAUAAUCACGAAGAGCAUGCUCAUAGCCAUGGUGAUCAUGAGCAUGGCCAUGGCGAGCAUACGCAUAUACAUGGAAUUAGUGUUAGCAGACACCAUCACCAUAACGAGGGGCCUUCGAACGCACACGAUGUAGAUCACACUGUGCCUCUACUUAAGAAUUCGGUUGAGGGAGAAAAGAAAAAGAAGCAACGGAACAUAAAUGUUCAAGGGGCUUAUCUUCAUGUACUAGGAGAUUCUAUCCAGAGCAUAGGGGUCAUGAUUGGGGGAGCUAUUAUAUGGUAUAAACCAGAGUGGAAAAUCAUUGAUCUAAUUUGCACUCUCAUUUUCUCCGUAGUCGUGCUUGGCACGACCAUUAGGAUGAUUCGGAGUAUUCUUGAAGUAUUAAUGGAGAGUACACCAAGAGAAAUUGAUGCGACUAGGCUUGAAAGUGGGCUUUGCGAGAUGGAGGAGGUUCUUGCGAUCCAUGAAUUGCACAUAUGGGCAAUUACAGUCGGGAAAGUACUCUUGGCUUGCCAUGUCCAGAUUCAACCUGAUGCUGAUGCUGAUAUGGUGCUGGAGAAGGUGGUUGAUUAUAUUAGGAGGGAAUAUAACAUUAGCCAUGUAACCAUUCAAAUAGAAAGAGAGUAGUGGCGAGGUAAAGUUUAUUUUGGCUAUUUUAGUGCUGGUCAUUGUCUUCUUUAUUCUUUCGGAUACUAGUUUAACGCGAAAACUGUUCAUCUAGUUGAGCUGUUCCAGUAUCUGUUUCGUUUUGGUAAAUCAUGGUUUUUAGUGUGUUGGCUUGCUUA